AUGGGGUAUGCCGCCACUGCAGGAGUCGUGGGGGGCGGAAGGCCAGGGGCAGCGCGGUACGUGGUGACAAUAGCGGAUGAUGCUAUAGAGGGUGCGCGGGAGGGGAGUCUCAGGUGGGCAGUGGCGAAUCUUGGGGGAGGGACAGGGGGAGGGGGGGAGCGGCAGGGGCUGUACGUGACAUUUAACCGGUCGAUGACGAUUCGGCUCAAGUCUCGGCUGUUCCUGGCGUCGCACACGACGAUUGACGGGCGGGGGGUGCGUGUGAGGCUGCUGGGCAACGGGCUGGUGCUGCAGAACGUGACAAACGUCAUCAUCCACAACAUCGAAAUUGGCAACCAGCCUGGGGAUCAUGACGUGCUUCCCAUUCGCAGCAGCCAGGUGGUGUGGAUUGACCACUGCCACGUGUACAAUGGCCACCGCGGUACUGUAGACGUCGUAUACAACUCUACGGAUGUGACUAUAUCGAAUUGCCGCAUCCACAACCACCGCUUGACCAUGCUUCUAGGGGCGGACGACUCGCAUGAGUACGACCGCAACAUGCGCGUUACAGUGUACCGCAACUGGUUUGAGAAAUCCGGGCAGCGCCAGCCGCAUUGUCGCUGGGGGCAGUGCCACGUGGCCAACAAUUUGUACACCGACUGGGCGUUCUACUGCCUUGGUGGGAGAGUCUUUGCCAAGAUUCGGUCAGAGGCGAAUGUUUUCCGUGCAGGGCGGGCACGGAAGGAGGUGACACCAUGGUUUGGAGAAGCAAGCUUGACAACUCCUGGUUUUGACAACACGCCAACGAUUCUAUCAUAUGGCGAUUUGUUGUUGAAUGGAGCGACCUUCCACCAGUUUAAAGGGAAGGAGCCCAUUUUUGAUCCGCCUUACCGGCUUCCUCUCUAUGAUGCCUCGGCUCUCAUGGAGACUUUCCUGAGGCAGAGUGCGGCGGAGAUGCCAAGCAAACCCUCCCGCGCUGCAUCGCAGGCAGCCACCCAGGUGUGGGUUGACCUCGAACUUUCCUUCCUAUUCCUAGAUUCUACCGUCUUCUUUACUGCUCGUUCCAGCAUGGCCUCUCGCGGAGGAGCGACGCCGUCUAAGGGUUGCCUGCAGCGGCUACAGCGAGAAAUGAAGUUAAUUACCAAGGAACCGCCUCCGCACAUCCGCGCGAAGCCGAACCCCGCCGACAUGCUGGACUGGCACUUCGUGUUGGAGGGCAGCCCGGGCACGCCGUACGAGGGCGGGUGGUACCACGGACGGCUCAGAUUCCCCGCCGACUACCCCUUUAAACCGCCGAGCAUUAUGAUGCUUACCCCCAACGGACGAUUCGCCACCAGCACUCGCAUAUGCAUGAGCAUGAGCGAUUUCCACCCUGAGACGUGGAACCCCAUGUGGUCCGUCGCCAGCAUUUUGACCGGCCUUCUCUCCUUCAUGUCGGACGAUGCAGUGACGGCGGGCAGCAUAGUGGCGUCGGAGGCGGACAGGCGCAAGCUGGCACGCCUCUCCAUGCCCAACAACUGCCGCAGCCCCGUGUUCCGCAAGCUGUUCCCCGACCUGGUGGACAGCUACACCUCCUCACUGGCAUCGGCAGCAGACGCAGCAGAGGGUGGUGCUGAUGCCGCCAGCAGGGCACAAGGGGAGGGCGCAGAGGGGAGGGGGAAGGGCGCAGGGAAGGGCAGGCGGGUAGUGGAAGCUGCUGCUGGGGUGGUGGGCGGGCGGGAAGGGAAGGGCAGUGAGUGGGGGAGGGAUUUGAAGUUAGUAGGUCAGGGUGGGGCAGAGAGAAAAGAGGGGGGGCAACGGAGGGUGGUUACAACAGGAGGGAAGGUGGGUGUUGCUGGUGCGUUCGGUGCAGGGAAGACAGGCUGUCUCGUCGAUCUGCCGUCCUCCCCGCGCCACGCCAUGAAGAGCCCCAGCGCGCAGCUCUCGCACGCGCUCACGCGCAUCCACGCCGCCAUGCACCGCCCGCCGUCCCCCGCGCCUGCGCCGCCAUCAUCCCCGCCCUGCGCGGGGAGCCCUCCUGACGACGCCACGCGACGGUCUGCGAGUCGCCGAGCUUCGCAGGAGCGCACGGCGGAGUUGCUGCAGCAGUCGUUCCGACCUAAGGCGCAGCCACUAGCGCCACCCGCUCACGCCUGCGCGCCCAUUCCGGGGUUGCCUGAUGGCGGCGGCGGGAGCGAACGGCGGAGAGGCGCGAUGAGAAGCAGCAGCGGGCCGCGAGAGGGACGGUUUGGGGGAGGGCCGCCGCGAGGGACGGAGAGUCCCGCAGCGCCGGGACGCGUGACGCUGAGGAAGCAACUGUCAAGCGACAUCGCGCCGCUGCUGCUGCGACUGAAGCGACAGGCCACGCCCACGCGCGUCCGCAGCCAGUCGCCUGUGCUGUCACCUGUGCAGUCACCGCGUGAUGUGUGGGAGGCUGCGGAGGCGGGGAGGCUGUUGGAUUGGAUGAGCAAGGAUACGUACUCUGCGAGUCCCAGUGGAAGCGCCAUGGCCGAUGAGGUUUCGCUCGCUGAGCAGGAGGCUCGGUUGAAGAAGAAGUAUGGCGGGGCUCUGCCUAAGAAAAAAGGACUUCUUUCCAAGGGCCACGAGCGGGCCUUCUUCGACUCCGCCGAGUGGGCCAUCCAAAAGCAAAAGGGCGCCAAGCCAGCAGCACCGGCAGAGGAGGGUCUGCAGCCGAAGCUAGAGCCUACCCCACAUCAACCUGCCACGGGUCGUCGCUCCGGACUGGCUGAAGGCUGA